AUGGGAAACCUCUUUCCUAUACUACGCAAGGACAAGCUUUACAAUACCGAAAUGCUCGUUUUCGACACACCGAAGUUUGAUUUGAUGGCAAAUCUAGCGAUAUCUGAAGAGCAGGGACCAGGAGAAGUAGUACACGUCAAGUGCUCUGAACGUAAAGGCGAGGACAAUCUGCCAGGCUGCAUCCGGAAAGAACUUGCUCGUCAUUACGGACCGAGUUGUGUUUCUUUGGCUGGAAUUUUUGUUCUACACCAAGGAAAAGCAGAUGUACAUAUUGUUCCUGAUUAUCCAUCUGAUAACUUCAAGUCGAUGGAUGAGGUCAGGAAGUGGUUUCAUAUGUUCAAUGUGAAAGCACCACUAGUCUGUGCAACCGUUUUCCAUUCAUAUGAUGCUGGCUACAACCUUCGGAUGGAACAUACUCAUUGUUACUCUGAUCAUAAUGAUGGUGGUCAUUACCACACCGACACCACUCCUGACACGGUUGUAUAUGAAGGAUGGUUCACAGCCGCUGAGAAAAUUUACCGAGUCGACCAAGUUUAG